AUGCUGGUGGCUGCUGCCCUAGUGUUUCUCAUGAGCAGCAUCCGCAAGUUUGAGAAGAUUGCGUGGCUUACCUGGCUUAGCUUCCUCUCGGUGUACAUUGCCGUCUUUAUCGUCGUUGUUGGUGUCACACCUCAAGGCUGUCCAGCGGCUGCUCCCCAAACCGGCGACUUCGAUCUCGGUUGCCACGUCAUUGGUAAUCCGACAUGCAUUACUGGCAUUACUUCAGUUGCCACCGUUUUCUGCUUCGGAGCUGGAACAUCAGCUUUCCUUCCCUUCAUCUCGGAAAUGAGAAAGCCGAGAGACUACAACGAGGCCGUAUACUUGUGCAUGGGUGUAGUGACCGCCUCUUAUCUGACUUUCUCCCUGGUCUUUUAUAGAUGUUGCGGCCUGUGGGUUGCUUCACCGUCUCUCGGCAGCGCUGGAUACACCAUAAAAAUUGUGUCGUACGGCAUCGGAAUCGCCGGUUUGGCUAUCAGCCGCAUGCUGUCUAUACCGUGGCCAAGUAUCUCUUUGUCCGCAUUCUGCGCAAUUCAGAUCAUCUGCAGAAGAACUCCCGUCAUUUCGUUUCUGGUGGCAUCCGGCAUUCCCAUCUACAAUUAUCUACUCGCUCUUGCAGGCAGCUUGACCUUUGCUCCGCUUGCACUCGGCUUGCCUAGUUCCCUUUGGAUCUACGACCAUGGACACUACCGCAAAGGAAACUGGUGGCAGAUUACUGUGUACUUGCUGAACUGGCUUCUGAUUUUGCUAGCCGUGUUCAUGACCAUUGCUGGGACGUAUGGCGUUGUGCACAACAUCACUGACGCAUACGCUGACAGCACUAUUGGCCAAGCCUUUUCGUGCGCAGACAACGGCAACUCUUCGUGA